AAAAAGCACUUGGAGGUCACGAAGAAGCCACACAAAAUAGUCCUCCUAACUCUUCAAAUUCUCGCAACCAAAUUCUCUUCAACUUCUCCAAAACCAAAAAUCUCUUCAGCGCCCCCCUCUACGUACCAACUUCACCAUCCGCCAAGUCUCUUCAAAUGGGAAACGUAACGACGUGAUGCAGGGAACCGGAGAGGAUGGGGAGAGCAGGAUUGUUCUUGCGAAGCCAAUGACACUAAACGGGGAGUCAGAUGUUGAUUACACAGCUCCGAAUCCUCUACAGCUUGUUUUAAGUCUCUUUAAAAAUGUGUUGCCAGGGUCAGAUCUCUCAAGGUUUCAGCUGCCACCUCUCUUCAACCUUCCCAAGUCACAACUUCAGUGCUUCGGCGAAUCAGUGUAUUGCAUGGCUACUGAUAUGUUGAGCAGGUGUAACAGUAGCGAGAACCCCCAUGACAGAUUCAUAGCCGUUGUAGCAUGGAGCAUUUCCACUGUGCGUCCUCUGUUGUUUGGCGUUGCUCCUUACAAUCCUAUUCUUGGAGAGACACACCAUAUUUCGAGGGGAAAUCUCAACGUUCUACUUGAGCAGGUUUCACAUCACCCACCGGUAUCUGCCCUCCAUGCAACUGAUGAGGAAGAAAAUGUUGAACUGAUAUGGUGUCAUCAUCCUAGGCCCAAAUUUAAUGGCACUUCGGUGGAAGCUGAGGUGCAGGGCAAAAGGCAGCUGAAGCUCCUAAAGCGUGGAGAAACUUAUGUAAUGAACUCCCCGAAGCUAUCCAUAAGAUUUUUCCCAGGUCCUGGUGCGCAAUGGGUUGGCAAUGUCAGAAUCCAGUGUCAAGAAACUGGCCUUGAAGCAGAGUUAUGCUAUAGAAGCAAUUCUUUUCUGUGGCGUAAAGGAAAUCAUCGAUCUAUUAAGGGAAAGAUAUUUGAAUCAUCGUCGUUGAAGACUCUUUAUGAGAUUGAUGGUCAUUGGGAUAGAAGUGUCAGUGUGAAGAACAUCGAUAAUGGGAAAUCUACAGUUAUUUACAAUGCAAAAGAAGUCAUUUCAGGUCUGAAUGCCCCUAUCGUCAAGGAUCCAAGGGAAGUGUGGCCAAGUGAAUCAGCUGUGGUGUGGAGUGAGGUGAGCAAGGGCAUCCUGAGCAAAGACUGGGAGAAAGCAAGAGAAGCAAAGAAAGCAGUUGAGGAAAAACAGAGGGAGCUAUUGCGAGACAGAGAGUCAAAAGGGGAAACAUGUUGGGCUCCUAAGCAUUUUAGUGUGUCUUAUAGCAAGGAAGGUGGGUGGGACUGCUCACCUAUUCAACAAAGGGUCCCACCAGCGCCCAUUGUUGUGCCCCUCUAAUUGUGGGUUUCUUGCAAGCUAGUCCUAGGAUAAUGAAUUGGUCAUAAUUGUUAGUUGCUUUACCAAUUCACCUGUAAAAGAGUUUUAAAGUGUCACCUAUUUUUGGAUUUUUAGUAAACUUAAGUGGCUCUACCCUUGCUUUUGUGUUGAAUUCUAUUUCCCUCAGUUUUUGUUUCUGCCUCAAUUUUACCUCAUUAUAAUUAUUUGGUGACCAAGUUAAAAUGAA